AGGUGGAAUCCUUCAUCCUGGACCAAGAUGAUUUGGAAAACCCAAUGCUAGAAACAGCAUCUAAACUACUGUUAUCAGGCACAGCCGAUGGAACAGAUUUAAGAACAGUCGAUCCUGAAACACAGGCUAGAUUGGAGGCUCUACUCGAAGCCGCAGGAAUUGGUAAAUUAUCCACUGCUGAUGGUAAAGCGUUCGCAGAUCCUGAAGUGCUUCGUAGAUUGACGUCUUCGGUCAGCUGUGCGUUGGAUGAAGCUGCUGCUGCACUGACAAGAAUGAGAGCUGAGAGCACCUCAAAUGCAGGGCAGACGGACAACCGCAGUUUAGCAGAAGCUUGCUCUGAAGGAGAUGUGAACGCUGUGCGGAAGUUAUUAAUUGAAGGUCGAAGUGUAAAUGAGCACACAGAGGAAGGGGAGUCUCUCCUUUGUCUUGCUUGUUCUGCUGGAUAUUAUGAACUUGCACAGGUUCUUUUGGCUAUGCAUGCUAAUGUAGAAGAUCGAGGUAUAAAAGGAGAUAUUACUCCAUUGAUGGCUGCUGCUAAUGGGGGGCAUGUUGAAAUUGUGAAGCUGCUACUAGCCCACGAUGCUGAUGUGAACUCCCAGUCAUCCACAGGAAACACAGCACUUACAUAUGCUUGUGCUGGCGGCUAUGUAGAUGUUGUUAAGGUGCUGCUGGAAUCAGGUGCUAGUAUUGAGGACCACAACGAGAAUGGUCACACACCUCUUAUGGAAGCAGGAAGUGCUGGUCAUGUGGAGGUGGCCAGGGUCCUUCUUGAAAAUGGAGCUGGAAUCAAUACUCAUUCCAAUGAAUUUAAAGAGAGUGCACUAACUUUGGCAUGCUAUAAAGGACAUUUAGAGAUGGUGAGAUUCCUUUUGGAAGCAGGAGCAGACCAGGAGCAUAAAACUGAUGAAAUGCACACUGCCCUAAUGGAAGCUUGCAUGGAUGGCCAUGUAGAGGUAGCUAGACUACUCCUUGACAGUGGAGCCCAGGUGAAUAUGCCUGCUGACUCUUUUGAGUCUCCUCUGACUCUUGCGGCUUGUGGUGGUCAUGUGGAACUGGCAGCUUUACUAAUAGAACGAGGUGCUAACCUGGAGGAGGUAAAUGAUGAAGGCUAUACACCACUUAUGGAAGCUGCCCGAGAAGGACAUGAGGAAAUGGUUGCAUUGCUGCUUGGGCAAGGUGCAAACAUUAAUGCUCAGACAGAGGAGACUCAAGAGACUGCCCUCACAUUGGCGUGUUGUGGAGGUUUCCUGGAGGUAGCAGACUUCCUUAUUAAAGCUGGUGCAGAUAUAGAGCUUGGAUGUUCCACUCCUUUGAUGGAAGCUGCACAAGAGGGUCACCUAGAGUUGGUGAAAUAUCUGCUUGCAGCGGGAGCUAAUGUUCAUGCAACAACUGCAACAGGUGACACAGCUCUGACGUAUGCUUGUGAAAAUGGGCAUACGGAUGUGGCAGAUGUGCUGCUUCAAGCUGGUGCGGACUUGGAGCAUGAAUCUGAAGGAGGGAGGACCCCCUUGAUGAAAGCUGCAAGAGCUGGUCAUGUCUGUACUGUUCAGUUCCUCAUAAGUAAAGGUGCAAAUGUCAAUCGGACAACACUGAAUAAUGAUCACACUGUGUUGUCUCUUGCCUGUGCUGGAGGACAUUUGGCGGUGGUAGAGUUACUUUUGGCCCAUGGGGCUGAUCCAACGCACAGAUUGAAGGAUGGUUCUACAAUGUUAAUUGAAGCUGCCAAAGGAGGUCACACCAGUGUGGUUUGCUACCUGUUGGAUUAUCCCAAUAACCUUCUCUCUGCUCCCCCUCCUGAUGUUACACAGUUCACCCCACCCUCUCAUGAUUUGAACCGGGCACCUCGUGUACCAAUGCAGGCACUGCCAAUGGUUGUCCCACCCCAGGAGCCAGACAAACCUCCAGCAAGUGUGUCUACAAGCCUUCCUGUCAGAAGUAAAGCUACUUCUAAGCAGAAGUCCAGUGGCCAUGUGCCAGAGAGCAGCCAGGAUGCACAGGGAUACAUCAGCAGUCAGUCUCCAGAGAGCAUUGUAGAAGAAGCUCAGGGGAAGCUGACGGAACUUGAACAGAGGAUCAAAGAAGCCAUUGAAAAGAAUGCACAGUUACAGUCUUUGGAGCUGGCUCAUGCAGACCAACUGACUAAAGAGAAGAUAGAGGAGUUGAAUAAAACCCGUGAAGAACAGAUCCAGAAGAAGCAAAAGAUACUGGAGGAGCUUCAAAAAGUAGAACGAGAGUUGCAACUUAAGACCCAACAGCAGCUGAAAAAGCAGUAUCUAGAAGUGAAAGCUCAGAGAAUCCAGCUUCAGCAGCAGCAACAACAGCAGCAGUCCUGUCAACAUCUGGGGCUGUUAACUCCUGUAGGGGUUGGGGAAGAGAUCACAGAGGUAGACUAUGCCCACUUACAGCAGGUUGAUACCAUCCUGCUCAAAGAGGACCCUCAGCAGACUGCAGUACCAAUGGGCUUCACUCCCAUGCAGCCUUUGGCAAUGCCUCAAGCUUUGCCACUGGCCACAGGUACACUAUCUCCUGGGCCCAUAACUAAUCUUGCAGAUCUCCAAGGCGUUAUUGUGGGACAGCAAGAAAUAGGUCAAGCACAACUAACAGGGCUGGGGCAAGGUGUCCUGCCAGAAACACAAGAAGGGUUAAUGAUAGCCAGUCCUGCCCAGACUCUCACUGACACUCUGGAUGACAUCAUGGCAGCAGUGAGUGGAAGAACAUCUGCAAUCUCAAACACUCCUACCCACAGCAUUGCUACUUCCAUAUCCCAACCUCAGACGCCAACUCCAAGUCCCAUCAUUUCUCCUUCAGCCAUGCUACCUAUAUACCCUUCCAUAGAUAUUGAUGCACAGACUGAAAGUAAUCAUGACACGGCGCUAACACUUGCCUGUGCUGGUGGACAUGAGGAGCUUGUGCAAACUCUGUUGGAGAGAGGUGCAAACAUUGAGCACAGAGACAAAAAAGGUUUCACACCACUCAUCUUGGCUGCAACUGCUGGUCAUGUUGGGGUCGUUGAAAUCUUGUUGGACAACAAUGCUGACAUUGAGGCUCAGUCUGAGAGGACCAAAGACACACCAUUAUCGCUGGCCUGUUCUGGUGGCAGGCAAGAGGUCGUAGAGUUGUUGUUGGCUAGAGGGGCAAAUAAGGAGCAUAGAAAUGUUUCCGACUACACUCCUUUAAGCUUAGCUGCAUCUGGUGGUUAUGUCAACAUUAUCAAAAUCUUACUUAAUGCAGGUGCAGAAAUCAACUCCAGAACUGGUAGCAAGUUGGGAAUAUCACCUUUGAUGUUGGCUGCCAUGAAUGGUCAUACUGCUGCUGUUAAGUUGCUGUUGGACAUGGGCUCAGACAUCAAUGCACAGAUAGAAACAAACCGAAACACAGCACUUACAUUGGCCUGUUUCCAAGGCAGAACCGAAGUGGUCAGUCUUCUCCUUGACAGAAAAGCUAAUGUGGAGCACAGAGCAAAGACUGGUCUGACUCCCUUAAUGGAAGCUGCUUCUGGUGGUUAUGCAGAAGUGGGACGGGUUCUUCUUGAUAAAGGUGCAGAUGUCAAUGCUCCUCCAGUGCCAUCUUCGAGGGAUACUGCUCUGACCAUUGCAGCAGACAAGGGGCACUACAAAUUCUGCGAGCUUCUAAUUAGCAGGGGAGCUCAUAUUGAUGUAAGAAACAAAAAGGGGAACACUCCGCUUUGGCUAGCAGCAAAUGGAGGUCAUUUGGAUGUUGUUCAACUACUUGUGCAAGCUGGAGCAGAUGUCGAUGCAGCAGACAAUAGAAAGAUAACGCCCCUCAUGGCAGCUUUUAGAAAGGGUCAUGUUAAAGUGGUGCGUUACCUUGUGAAAGAGGUAAACCAGUUUCCCUCAGACUCUGAGUGCAUGAGGUAUAUUGCCACCAUUACAGAUAAGGAAAUGUUAAAGAAGUGCCAUCUCUGUAUGGAAUCCAUUGUACAAGCCAAAGACAGGCAGGCAGCUGAAGCUAACAAGAAUGCUAGUAUCCUAUUGGAGGAACUUGAUUUAGAAAAGCUACGAGAAGAAAGCAGAAGGUUGGCGCUGGCUGCAAAGCGAGAAAAAAGGAAGGAAAAGCGUCGAAAGAAGAAAGAAGAGCAGAGGCGAAAACUGGAGGAAAUUGAAGCCAAAAAUAAAGAAAACUUUGAGCUUCAAGCCGCUCUUGAAAAAGAAAAGCAGAAGGUUGAAGAUGAACCCCCAGUUGUUACAGAACCACCUAGCGCAACCACCACCACCACUAUUGGCAUAUCUGCUACAUGGACCACUCUAGCGGGCUCACAUGGAAAAAGAAACAAUACCAUUACCACAAGCAGCACGAAGCGGAAAAGCAGAAAGAACAAAAUUGCAGAAAACGUGCAGAUUAUAUUUGAAGACCAGCUUCCCAUUUCCUAUGGGCAGCAAGAAAAGCUAAACGGAGAGUCCAAAAGUAGUAGUACCAGUGAAAGUGGAGACAGUGAUAACAUGAGGAUCUCCAGCUGCAGCGAUGAAAGCAGCAAUAGCAGCAAUAAGAGCGACAAUCAUUCUGCAAUCAAUGAGAGCAGUUUGCAAAGUAAAAAGAAACCAUCUGUGCUAGUUUCCUCUCCAAAAGAAGAAAGAAAAGUAUCAUCUAAAACCUCAGUAAAGUUAUCCGAAUCUGUUGUUGAAACAACAGGUAAUUCGUUAUCUACGAGCACGAAGACUGGGCCUUCUCCACUUUCAUCUCCAAAUGGAAAAUUGACAAUAGCCAGUCCCAAGAGAGGGCAGAAGAGAGGGAAGAAGGCUGGAAAGAGGUGGUCAGAAGGUCCAAGAAAGUAUCUGUGCCAUCCACAGUCAUUUCACGGGUUAUUGGAAGGGGAGGCUGUAAUAUCAAUGCUAUCCGAGAGUUCACAGGCGCACAUAUUGACAUAGAUAAACAGAAGGACAAAACUGGUGACAGAAUCAUAACAAUCAGGGGGGGAACAGAAUCCACCAGACAAGCCACACAUCUUAUCAAUGCACUUAUUAAGGAUCCCGAUAAAGAAAUUGAUGAACUUAUCCCAAAGAAUCGCUUAAAAACCUCCUCUGCGAAUUCAAAAGCAGCACCUUCAACCUCUGCAGCAGUAACAUCUGUAAACAGCUCAGUUAUGGGAAUCAAAGUUACCCCUGUCACAGUUUCGUCAUCACAAGCUGCCUCUUCCCUCACUGUGCCAGCCAUUUCUCAAGCAUCUGCUCACAAACCCAUGAAAAAUCCAGUGAAUAACGUGCGACCAGGAUUUCCAGUCUCUCUACCUUUGGCUUACCCCCCUCCACAGUUUGCUCAUGCUUUACUUGCUGCUCAGACUUUCCAGCAAAUCCGUCCUCCACGGUUACCCAUGACGCACUUUGGAGGACCUUUCCCCCCUGCUCAGUCCACUUGGGGCCCCUUUCCAGUCAGGCCUCUAAGCCCUGCACGAGCUACCAACUCUCCAAAAUCUCACGUGAUGCCUCGCCAUGCUAAUCAGAAUUUGAGCAGUCCUCAGGUGAUCCCAGGACCCCCUUCAUCUACUAGCCCAACAGCUACCACAAACUCUGCGGCCUCAGUGCCUGUCUCAUCUACAAAUGGGAGCCUCAAUUCACCGUCAGUCAGGAGACAACUUUUUGUCACAGUUGUCAAAACGCCUAAUGCUACUACAACCACAGUUACUACAACUGCAAGUAACCACAUAACCACACCAACAGCCUCCACCUGCCCUGUUCCCACUGCCAAAGAACAUCAUACUUCGUCUUCACCUUCAUCGCCCUCCCCACCUUCCUUGCCUGGAGGAGGCUCUAGAAACAGUCCCUCUGAUUGCCUGACAUGUUCUCCAAACAAAGGGACCUCACUUUCUAGUGAUCAGGACUUGGGCAACCAACCUGUGAUGGAGAUAAAUAGCUCGGGCAGCAGUAAGCAAGCGAGCUCUACCUCUGGGAGUACCACAGCACACACCACGCAUCAGCACCCUCCAACAUCUGUUUCACAGGAUUCUAGAUCUACACUAAUGCAGACCCAAGUUCCCCCUUCUCCAGAUCCCAGAAUGGCCCCUUCCCACAGCUUGGCUGUCAGUGGUCCCACUCACCAGCCUUCACCCAUUCCUUCUAACAUCCCAACAUCCUACAACUUGUCCCACUCCUCUAUAUCAUCUACUCCAUCUGUUGCUAAAAUUGAAUCUUCUGCAGUCAGGCCUCCUUUACAUGGAACAAACCCUACUCACAAGAGCCAAGUACCAAUACAAAAUUCUUCUGUAUCAGGGCUUGGUCCUCACUCAAAUAUUAAACGACCCCAAAGUGUACCUUCGGGCCCACAUCCCUCCAGUUUAAGUUCGCAAAGUUCUCAGAAUUCUGGUCACUCUUCAAGCAAGCCUAUGGCCCCCAAUUUCAGUUCUACUCUGCCCUUCAGUCCUUUUAGCACACUUUUUGAAAACGGUCCCAAUCCCACACAUCCCUUCUGGGGUGGGUCUAUGGUCUCAUCUCCAUCUGCUUCAGACUCCAUGCUGUCUGCACAGCCGCCAUAUUUGCCAAAUCCAGAGUCAAUGCUUCCAUCUGAUACUUCCAAAGCACCAGGUUUCAGGCCGCCAAUGCAAAGACCAACUCCAAGUCAGUCAGGUAUUGUGAAUAUGGAUUCAUCUUACACAUCUGUGGCAUCAUCCACUACUCAUUUGGGUACCUUUGCCUCUAAUAUCUCUGGAGGUCAGAUGUAUGCACCAGGAGGUGCACCUGCAGCUGCUAAUUUCAACAGACAACAUUUUUCUCCUCUUAGUUUAUUGACCCCGUGUUCAUCAGCAUCAAGUGAUUCUACAGCCCAGGCUGUGUCUGCUGGUGUUCGAGCACAGUCUCCCUCACCUUCAGGAGUUCCCAUGGUGUCUGAGAAACCUAACUCGGUAUCUCAUGACAGGAAAGUCCCAGUACCAAUUGGAACAGAACGUUCUGCACGUAUACGGCAGACAGGGACAUCUACACCUUCUGUAAUUGGGAAUAACUUGGCCACUUCUGUAGGACACAGUGGAAUCUGGUCUUUUGAAGGAAUGGGAGGCAGUCAAGAUAAAGUGUCAGACUGGUGCCACACAGGCAUGGGUAAUCACAUAAUGCAUAGGCCCAUGUCUGAUCCUGGAGUGUUUUCGCAGCAUCAAGGAAUAGAGAGAGAUUCAUCUGGCAUUGUACCUGCUUCAGGAGCAUUCCAUCAGCAUGUGCCUGCCGGCUACAUGGACUUUCCAAAAGUUGGGGGCAUGCCAUUCUCAAUGUAUGGAAAUGCAAUGAUUCCUCCUGUAGCUCCAAUGCCAGAUGGUACUGGGGGACCGAUUUUCAAUGGACCUCAUGCUGCUGAUCCAUCUUGGAAUUCGCUCAUAAAAAUGGUUUCAAACUCAACAGAGAAUGGCCCUCAAACAGUAUGGACUGGAACCUGGAAUCCCCACAUGAACAGUGUGCACAUGAAUCAGAUGGGUUGA